AUGCAGAGAUUCAACUGCACCAACGACAUCCACGAGGCCCCCGAAGCUCGAGCGGCCGCAAACUCUCUUCGAUCUCUGCAGGACAAACGCGCUGCUUCUCAGUGCACGACAGCCAACUGCAUCUGCGGUGUUCCUUGUUUCUUUAACAAGUGCUUCCCUACAACCGCGAAUAUUCAAGCUGCGGACUGCACCAAUCUUGCAAACUCUCUUAUAAGCAACCCGGCUUCUUUCACAAUCCCACCGGCCCAGGCUCUCGCAUUCAUUCUCAACAGCUGCGAAUACGCUGCAUUCGGCACCAGCAACACUCAACCGACAGAAUACUGCUUCAGCGACUUUGGUGUCGCUGCGUCGGAGGUGUUCCACGUCUGCGGAAACACCCAGCAGGGAUCAUGCGAAGGUACACUGAACGGCGCCCCUUUCUUCGUCGACCAACUGAACCUCCUGUGA